AUGGCUGCUGCGAGAGAAAUGCUCGACCAGGUCCAUCCGAAUCUAGUCGUCCAAUAUACAGCGGACCACAACAAUUACGAUUUUAGCAAGGUCCAAGGUCAUAAUGUCGUUAUCGCCUGCCUGCCAGCAGGUAUCAUCGGAAUAACAUCAGCUGCAACGGUGGCUAAAGACAUGUUGCGGACCUUCAAAUUAAUCCGGUUUGGUUUAAUGGUCGGAAUCGGAGGCGGUAUCCCGUCGGGCACAUUUGACAUUCGAUUGGGUGACGUUGUGGUGUAGCGGUAUUAGUGGAGGUAUUAUUUAGUACGACCGAGGGAAAACGGUGCAAAAGGGUUAAUUCGAACGUACGGGGUCAAAAGGUAAUAAGCGGUAAUACCCCCGGGAGAUUGCAUACCCUCCUUUUGUUAACCUAAACCACAUUCGUAAAUUCCUGCUACAUCCUUACUCAGGUGCUGGCAAAACUGCAAAGAAAAAAAACGAGGGCGCAGGAAUUUGGGAGGGGAUAUCCGCGGUUCCCGUCAUUGGUGCCCAUAUUCGCUGUUCGAC